UCACUCCUUAAGGAAAAUUCCAUUCAAAAUGACCGGUCGCGGCAAGCAAGGCAUGCGGCCAGCCACUCCACCCGACCCAACCCUCAAGUCGCGACCAGUUCCUCGAUCUCGGCACUUCGCAGUCCUACCAUUUGGGCCAGCAUCCGCGAGCGACAUCCACAAUACAGCACCAUCGCUAGAAGACAUAGAUGAAGCGAUCGGCAUCGAUGAAGUCAAGCGCCAGAACCUGGGUGGGAAAACCCACGUUCGCAGCCUUCUGGAAGAUCUGUAUAUCCUCAGUUUACCAUCGAGCGACGACGAAGAAUGGGAGCCUGACCCUACCUGGGGCUUUUAUGUCUUCGUUACUUCAUACUCAGAUAGUGCUCUGGAAUAUCUUCCAAAGGCCAUGGAUAACUGGAUCAAGUUAGCUCAGCGUGACUUGAUGCAUUACGGGCCUUACGGUGCUGAGGCAUUUCGCCGUUUGAGGAUGGAUGUGAUCGCCGAUGAGGAAGCGCUCUCUGGGGCAUCCGAUGAUCGGAUAAGAGAAGAACUGAAUGCUCAAAUUCACGGACUCGAGUCUAGUGGCCAGGGUCAGUCUACGCUGGCUCGUCGCCAUAGGGGGUGUUUUGUUCUCGGUGAAGAUUUGAUUGUCAAGCUUGCAGGCCUUACGUUUCCAAAUGAUUCACGUCAAGAUCAUGGGUCAUUCAGCAAUAUUACCGUCAAGUUUAUCGAUCGGUUCUGGAAAUGGCGUCCCCUGGGUACCCCUUUUACUUAUAAAGGGAUACGGAGCUGUUCUAUCACCUCGCUUGCGGAGAUAUUUGAGCUUCUGGCGUCGAAUAGCCUGAGUUUGGAAGAGAUACAUGGUCUUCGUCCGCCCUUUGCCCCUUAAGCUUUGCAUGCGUUACAGAUUAGUGGCCUUGGAGCGCUGAGAAAUGGUUUGUAUGGAUCUUGAGGGUACGGAUCCUAUUGAUUCGUGAAUUUCAAGGUUGCGCUGGUGAUUGAUUGUCUUAUUGUGGUGGAUUAUAAACCAUUCCUUUCUAGAAUGCCACGAGACGUAGCGAGUAUCAAUUCGACAGGAAUGUGCAUGUUCUCUUCUGCCACAAGAUAAACUAUUGUUCAGCAUGUUCGUUCACAAUUGCUAUACAUUUACAAACUAUGUGUUGGAGUUAUUCGAAUGAUGUGUCUGGUAUUCC